AUGUCAAAUAAGAACAAGCACCGUCUUUAUGUCACUCUGCAAACUCGUGGGCCGAACGUACCAGGGUUUCACUGCGCUCUCCUGCUUGCGCCGAAGCGUCUAGACGAAGCUUCCGGUGCUGAAGGGGGUUUCCUUUUUCACGCCAUUAACAACAUCAUACCGGAGAACCUUCCGAAACCCGGGGAGCGUCCGCCGUGGCGCUAUGAGACCAAGGCUGUGAAACCAGAUGGCAGUAAAACACUCUCUGCGCGUAUUCUCGUCGCCAAAUUCUUCGCCACCACCCCCUUCAGCGAAGUUCGAGAGACCAUUGAUCGAGCGGUCAGGCAGGUUCCAAUUGUGCAGAAUGACCCGCAGUGGACAUGCGUAAGCUGGCUCAUCCAAUCUUUGGUGGCGUUGCGGGACCUCGGCGCUGGUGCCAGGUAG